AUGACAGCGCCAAACUUUCCCGAUAUCACAUGUGGGAAUCCAGUAGCACCAGCUGCAAGUACUCCAGCGGCUUGUGUUGCUGCUAACGAUGUCCCUGGUGCUGCAGUCUCGCGCUGUAUAUGCACCGACGACCCCGUGGAAGACCUGCUGCAGAAGCAUCGACGUCGGUCGCUCCCUUCGCUGCCGGUGAAGCUGCCUCUUCGACUGCUGCUGCCGUAUGCGCUGCCACACAACUUAAUCAAGGCCGCUACUUAUAAUGAAACAGCUUCUAAGGGGGCAAGGAAGCGUUUGAAGACGUCGAAUUUGGCAGCAGAUGUACUGAAGAAAGAACAGCAGCAAGAGGAACAGCAAGGGCUACAGCAGGAGCAGCAACGGGACCAGCAGAAAGGCGGUCACACGCCUCCACAGCAGGAGCAGGAGCGUGAGCCACAGCAUGACAAAUUAGAGAAGCACAAGGACGAGCAGCAGCCUGGUCUGGUCCUCUACACUGCUACCCUGCUACUUGAGGAGGUGAUAAGCUUUUGCGAACAGAAGGUAACCCUGGAGUUGCUGCCUCACAGAUUGCACAUGAAUGUCAGCAAAACUAAGAAGAAGCAGGGGGAGGAGAACCAGGCGGGGCGGUUCUCCUCUCUUGCCGCUGCGCUGACGUGGCUGCAGCGACAACUGCAUAGCGAAGGAGCAGUUCUGCCUGCAGCUGCCGGAUGUCUCUGCAGCAGUUACAGAAAUGUCUUUGACUGCAUGCAACAAGCUCAAAGAGCAGCAGCAACGGCACAAGAAACAGCGGCGGCAGCAGCAACAACAGAAACACCGACAGCGGCGCACGCAUGUUGCGCCUCUAGUGUCUUAAUGGAAGCCGCUACGCAUGAGGCACGGGAAGCGCUGCAGUUGCUGCCUGUCUUUAAAAGCAUACAAGUAGCAGCUGCAACGACCAAAGCAAGCGGUACAGGAGCCCACCCUGUGGAACGCGAAGCUCCAGCAUUUUUGGCAGCUGCAGCAGCUGCUGCAGCAUGGGCCGCAGCAGCGUCUGAUCCUCCUCCACUGCGGCAGUGCAGCAGCAGUCGGAGCACCAGCAGCAGCUGCCGGUGUGAAGAGGUGCUGCGUGUUGCAGCUGUUGGCAGUUGCUGCUGUUGCACUGUGAGCUCGCCCUGGGUAUCUUUGUCUGCUUGGCGUUCUUUCUGUCUUGCUUCGCAUCCGUCUGUGCGGCUUUACGACUUGCUGCUGCUUGCUGCAGGGCAGAGACGGCUGUUUGCUGCCGGCGAUUCUUCGCCUGACCAGCUGCAGCAGCUCAUGGAGGCGUCUGCUCUGGUCGCAUGCAUGGAGCAGCAGCAUCAGGACCCAUCCUUAGAGGCUGAUGUUGCUGCUGUUGCUGCUGCCGACACUGCCAUGCAGUGCGCUAAUGCAGCUGUCCGGGAACUUGUCGGCUCGACGGGACCGAGCAGCAGCUGUUGCAGGAGAGUUGCCACGUGGAUUGCUGCACCCAAUCCAUUUGCAGAGGCAACGGCAACGAAACGUCACCGCAGCAGCGAUGGAUUCAGUGUGCCACAGCUGGAACGGCAACAGCCUGCUUGCUUGGCUUUCUUGGUUGUGCUGCCAGAAGAGGACCUGCUUGGGAACAGUGGAACAGCAGCAGCUGCAGCGGCAGCAGCGAAACGGGCUUGGACUCUGGGAGCUCCUGCCGCUGUCCCCCUCAUUUGUGGCACCACUUUCUACAGUGCACCUUCAAGGGAGUGCAGCAUCAGUAAAUUUGGCAGGAGCAUCAGCAGAGUGGGGAGCGGCAAAGACAGCUGCACCAGCAAUAGCAGCAGCAAGGCAACAGAGCUACAGCACACCUUAAGCGAAUGGGACAGUCUUGCCGCCGCGCCCCCAGGGCUGCCAAUACUCCGCUGUUGUUAA